ACCGUGACUGUUGUCAAUGAGCGACUUUUGCGAGCGGCUCGUGUCCGCAACAAGCACUUCCUGUGAAUCCGAAUCGCCCCUUUUUUUCUUUUAACAUGUUUUUAAUUUUCCCGACGACACCGACAGAGGAGUGGACACUGUUUGCGGAAUAUUGUUAAAAAGUAACAUUUCUCGAUUCUCGCAGCUCUCUGGUGCCUCGUGGCGUCGAAACGCAGGGAUCGCUUGAGGUGGAGGAGGGGGGAGGAGGAGGAGGAGAAGGAGGAGGGGGGCGGGACUCCAGUCGCGUUAUAAUAAAUGCUCUCCAGAAGGACCAGCCCAUUGUCACGCGCGGCCGCCACCGGGGAACGAAGAGCGUUUGAGUUCUCGAUAAACUCCUCGUUGUCAUCAUCAUCAUCAUCAUCAUGUUGCUCAUCAUCACCGACAAGGAAGCCUUCGAUAAAGCCAUGAAGGACGCGGGGGACCAGCUCGUGGUCGUGGACUUCACGGCCGAGUGGUGCGGCCCCUGUCAGAGCAUCGCGCCCCACUACAAGUCUAUGUCUGAGCAUCUAGACAACCGGAAUGUGGUCUUCCUGAAGGUGGAUGUGGAUGAGGUCCAGGAGUUGGCUGCCCUCUGCGGCAUCAAAUGUAUGCCGACGUUCCAGUUUUACAGGCAUGGUAAAAAGAUCGAUGAAUUUGUUGGAUCGAACAAAGACAAGCUGCAGGAGAUGGUGGAAAAGCACAAAUGAGCUUUGGAGAAGCUUCUCCAAGGCACUGCGCAUCUACAGAUGCUAUAGAACUUUUACAAGAUUCUUCCUCGUUUGUAUAUGAACCAUUUUCUGUUAAGGCCGAGCUCUGAUAUCCCUGUCCUUUGAGCAUGGAACACCCAUCCCGCACUAACGGAGUAAUAGAAGUACUGGUCUGAUCAAUGUAUUUCUGCAUUAAAUUUUCCCCCUUUAUAUGCAGCAGUAGUUUAAUUUCCAGCAGCUUCAAUUUCUACAUAUUUCCAUCUUUAUCAAUAAAGAGGCAUGAUGUAAAGUGG